AACAGCAAUCAGCAGUUAGCAGUAAGCAGUAGUUCGACAACUUCCCAACCAUUUCCCAACUACAAAAAGCCACAUCUGCGAUGUUGCCAGCUGUAUGUUACGACUUCUGCAAAUAUAUUUUGACAAUGUGCUGACGGCGCGCUCUACAAAUAUUUAUGUAAUCUCAAAUUUAUUACCGAAUUAGAGCUGCCAAUCAAGCGAUUUAAACGGACUAAAAAUUUAAAUCUUUUGUACUAAAUCGUUUACGAAUUUCUUUUGAGUUACAUUGCGUUGAUUAUUUUAUGAAAAUGGGACGUGAAAAGAAAAAGUUGUAUUUUGCGCGUGCAGUGGUUGAGAAAUUUGAAUAAAGCGAAAAAAACACAAAAUAUUUUAUUUUAUAUAUUUUUUUACGAUGCUUUGUCGAUUCUUUAAGAACUCAUUUCUAAAACACCCUUAUAAAAUAAAACAUGGGAAAAUAUAAUAAAAAUAAAAAUAAAAAAUAAAUAACCCAUAAAAAUUAUCAAAGCAUCGGAAACUACGGAAUAAAAUAAAAUAAAAAGUAAAUGAAACGCAAAAAUGAUGAAAGCAGCAGAAGCUAAGGAAUAAAAUAAAAUAAAAUAAAAAAAAAGAAGCACACAAAUUAUCAAAGUAUCAGAAACUACGGAAUAGAAGACAAUAAAAACUAACUGAAACACAAAAAUUAUCAAAGUAUCAGAAAAAAAAAAUAUGCAGAUUGGGUUAGGCUAGACAUGGUUGAUCUUGUAUAUCGUACAUAGACCAGAAAUUGAUCCAUAGUGAAAAAAAGCGAUGUAAGUGAAAAACAAAUUUAAAAUUCAAAUAAGCAUAUUAACAUCGCACGUUAACAGAAUUCAAAUUUGAAGUAGUCACAGAGAAUGUUAAUGAACUGGUCAUACGUUUCCCACAUAUACUUGUAACUGAAAAUUGUAUAAAUAUUAAAAAAAAACCGAUCAACACAAACCAAAACGAGCUUCACUCUCAUAAUAAAAGAGAAAAAAAAAAACAGAAAGUGGAAGAAAAAAAAGCUGGCUAAGGCACCUGAGUUAUGUUCGUCAUGAUUAAAAAGCUCCAGAAAACAUAUUUUGGCAUACCUUUCAGUCAUUUUUUAACUUUUUGCAAUGAAAUAGACAAAAAAAGAGCGCCAUCGAAACGUUUCAUAACAAACCAAGCGGAUUUGCUAUUUUCAAGUGGGAAAAUCGACAGAGAACUUUUAAAAAUGAUAAUACCAACAACAAAAUUAAAUAAUGGCGUUGAAAUGCCUAUUGUUGGAUUUGGUACUUGGCGUAUGCCAGCCGACCGUGUGGUGUGUUUGGUGCAGGAUGCCAUCGAUGUGGGUUACCGGCACAUAGACUGCGCCGACAGUUAUGGCAAUCAGAAAGAUGUGGGUUGUGCGAUUCAAGAGAAAAUCAAAGAGGGUGUAGUGGAGAGAAAAGAUCUAUUCAUCACUGGAAAGUUGUGGAAUACAAAACACGAUCCUAAUUUGGUGCGCAGCGCCUGUGAAAAAGCUUUAAAUAUGUUAAAGAUCACUUAUUUUGAUAAUUAUCUCAUACAUUGGCCCACUGGCUUCGCAGACAGCGAAGAAAAUUACCCCAAAGAUAAAGAUGGCAAAACUAUAUUUUCCGACAUUGAUUAUGUAGAUACAUGGUGUGCCACGGAGGCUUUGGUGGAAUGUGGCCACUGUCGAUCUAUUGGUUUGUCAAAUUUCAAUAUUGAACAAAUAAAACGUGUACUCGAAGUAGCGCGCAUCAAGCCCGCCAACUUGCAGAUAGAGUGUCAUCCGUAUCUAAAUCAAAGCAAAUUAAUCGCUUUCUGUGCCGAAAAUAAUAUUUUGGUAUCAGCUUAUAGUCCUUUAGGAUCGCCGCAUUCGCCAUAUGCGAAGCCGGGUGCACACAAGCUUUUACAACAUCCGUUAAUUGUUAAAUUAGCGGAGAAGUAUCAGAAAGGACCUGCACUGGUGCUGCUACGAUAUCAAAUACAACGAGGCAAUGCAGUGAUAACCAUGUCCACGCGCCGUGAGCAUAUGGCGGAUAAUCUGAAAGUAUGUGAUUUUGAACUGAGUGAAACGGAAAUUACCGAAAUUAACUGUCUGGAUUUCAACGGGCGUUAUAAUCUAAUGGAAAACGCAAAAGGACAUCCACACCACCCCUUUAAGGAUGAGCAAAAUUAAUAUACUUACACUUAUUGAGUGAAAUUUUAUUGAGUUAUUGACACAUCAAGAGCAUGCUCAAAUGGAAUAGCUAGAAAAUUCCAUAUUUAACAACGGAAUUUCUACAUAUGUAUAUGUACAUAUAGCGCGCAAUGAGGCAAUACCAACUUAAAAAACAUAUUGCUUUUGUUUGUAUAAUUCAUUUAAUUUUUGAGGUAUCGAAAAUAAAAAUAAUAUUUUUACUCAUGAAGCAAUAAUUAAAGGUGAUGUACGUAGCCUAAUUUUCACCCUGUGUUAGCCAUCUUGAAGCUACUUAAUAAAUCCGUGUUGUCCUCUUGGAAAAGCUACUUUUUAUUUCAGAGCAAAUUCUAAAGAAAAAGUACUCAAAAGCAUAGAAAUUAAAAUUUUUGCUGAAUAUUAGCAGGCAAUACUGUUUUGCCUAUUCAAUUUUGCUUAGACUUUCGCAUCUUUCAAUUCUAUUGAAAGUUCUAUGAAAAUUACACUGAUAAAUAGCUACUACAUAGCCACAUUUAGGUGUGAUUAGAGCCCGUUGCUGCGAUCCCACAAUUGUGAUUUUCAUUAUGUGCCUAGUUCUGCUACCACUGAAAUCAAUUUGGAUUCCGAACUGGCUCUUCACGCUACCCGGUCUAGAACAAUAUGCUGUACGUAUGUAGAUGCAUGCGCAACACCUACACGAGCAAGUCCUCGCGCUUUACGUCUACAUUUACACGUUUUUGAUUUCUGCCCGAAUCAUCGCAAUUACUGAAAGUGGAUUAUAUUAUCAAUAUAGAAAUUUUUCGAUGUAUUAGUUUUAGACUAUAUGAAUAUAUUUUCCUAACUAUAUUAAUAUUAGGGACGCCAAGUAUAUUAAGGUAGACGAAUUAUAAACAAUAAACUA